UCUGAAAUGCAACAGAGACGAAAAGCUUCGCUCACGUUGAGCUGAACGAAAAGCCAGUGAGCAAGUGGUGGUCGUGAUGUAGACAGAAUAUUCAGUUUUCAUUGUGCUUUAAACUUGUAAACGACGCAAAAAGUUGAUGCAGUAGAACACUAGACAGGAAAUUUAGCAAAGGCUUAAGAAAAUUUAAAAAUCGCAUUUUUGGCACGCACAAAAGUAAAAGUUCAACGGCGUUAUAGCCUGCUGCUUGCGCUCACCAUUGCCAUUUGGUCGUCGUUGUUAACGUCGUUGUACUAGUCUCAGUCGUUAUCAGCAUUGCUGACGAAAUUGUCGACGAUUUUGUCUAGUCACACCUGUUCGGCUAGACAGUUGUGUUGCUAUUUGUUCGCAUGCGUUCUCCGAAAGUUUAUGUACACAGAAAAGUGUAAAAAGCAAUAACAACAACAACAACAACAACAUGUACUUUAAUUAGCAAAACUUGUUUGAACUCAACUAGUACAAUAACAAAAGCAAAAGCAAGGCAAGUAAAACAAAUUGAAAACAUCACAGUUUACUCAGUCAAGUACGCCCUGAGGAAAUUAAGUAAAAAUAAAAAAAACACACACACAGGAAAAACUAAUUCAAGUGAAAGUGCAAAAAGAGUCCGGAUAGAAAUGGGCAAACUUAUGUGUUUACAUUUCUUUUGAUUAUAUACUCGUAUGUACGUAACUUUGUUCCAGUUGUAAAAGUAUACUACGACGCACAAAAAGCAAAGCAAUAAAAAAAUUAAUAAAUAACUGAUAGCAGCAGCACAGCAGUACUUUCAAAAUAGUGAAUUUUUAGCGCAAACCUAAGAACAUAGCAACCACCGCUUAUAAAUUAUUUAAGACAAUCUACCAAAUGAAACUCAUUUCUGUCCAAAAUUGCAAUAAAAGCAAAAAACCUACUUAAACCACUCAAACUGCAAGCAACUACAGUAAAAAAAAAAUAUAUAUACACAUAUACAUAUAUACAGAGUUUUCAACGACUCCCAACUUCCGGAUACAAGCUGAAAAAACACUACAUAAGUGGCAAAGAAUGCUGUGGCGAGAAUAAACUAAAAAAUAUUUGGUCACAACUUUAAUAGGUUUUACUGCAAAGAGUGUUGCUGUGGCUGCCACAGAAACAAAAUGUCGAAUUUGCUCUACAUGGAUGAAACGAAUUGUAAUGGCGUCUACGCAUCCAAAGCCAAUAGUUUGACAGCAGCACUAACACCAGCAAGCAACGGCAUAAUCAGCAACGGCAACGGUAACGGCAACGGCAACGACAACAUCAACAGCAACAGCAACAGUAAUAAUAUUUUACUGGCGGGCAAUAUUAGUAUAAGCAAUAGCAACAACAGCAACAAUAUCAGCACAGCUAACAUCAUAAGCAACAACACAAAUACAAAUAAUAUCAACAACAUUAACAUCAUGAAUGUGGCGGCCUCGACUGUGACAAUGGCAACAGCGGUUGGCAACACCAACGUCAACGUCAACGUCAAUGCCGUUGGCCCCGGCAUUGUAUCAGCAGCCACACUACCCACAUCCGUGUCCAAUGAGGAUCUAAGCCAGAGUUUAUCGGAGUACACGGAUGCCGAUGAAAGCAUAUCAGCGCCGACCGAGUUCCUUGCCGAGUUUUACAAUACGAACCAAACAAUGCAACAGCCAAAGAAUUCUAUCCGCUAAUAAUUGAAAAACUACGAGGUACUGCGGCCAGCGAUAGUGAUGAGAAUUACAAUAAGUCAUCAUCUCCCGAUCCAGUUUUAGAGCUUCAAUCCUCGGAUCCAUCAGCAGGUGAAAGUGAUGAAGCGGCUUUUGAAGACCAGCCCAUUGACAAUAUGGAGGGUGGGAUUGAUGUGUACGGACUGGCCGAGGAUAAUUGCAAUUCACUGGGUGAUUCGAACAGCCAUGAGCUGAAUGUGAGUAGUCGCAGUGACAGCAUUGAUUCGGCAGGUGAUAGUCUGAGUGAAUCAGUUGAUGAUGAAGGCGAAGAGGAGGAUGUAGAUGAUGAGGAUGUGGUUGAAAUUGAUGACGACGACGAUGAUGACGACGACGACGACGAGGAAGACGAGGUAGACGAUGACGAUGACGAGGAUGACGAAGAAGAUGUCAUUAGUAGCAGCGGCGAUGAUUUGCCAAUCGAUGAUCCAAAUUCGAUAGGCGCUGCAGCGGGCACCGGCAAUAAUUCGCUCUCAUCGCGUAACUCUUCGAGUGGUGGCGGCGGUGGUGGUGGACGCAGUCGAAGCGACAAUACAACGCACUCCUAUUCGAGUUUGUUGCUAGAGGAGGAAGACGAUAUAGCGCCGGUUAAUUUGAAAUUCACCAAAGAACUGUCAUCGCCGGACUUGGAUGUCAGCAAUGGAAACAAGUUGCCCUCAACUUCAUGUAGUGACUCGGAGUCGCCAACGGAACCGUUGACGCAGCGACUCGCAGCAAUUUUACGCUCGAAGUGUGGUGUGUCAAGCACAGAUGAUAAAUAUUAAAGCGAGCGAGCGAGGGAGUGACGACAAGAAAAGUAAAACUUUAAUACUUACAUAUAGAGAACGCAUAAAUAUCAGGAAUAUGGCAAAAAAACAUUGCUACAAAUGCAUAGUAAUUAAUAAAUAUUUAUAUGAAGUACUACAUAUAUACAUAUAUAGAUGAAUAGACAUACAUAUAUAUUUUGAUGUAAUCACUUACGUACGUACAUAUGUAUUGAGAUGUUACAAAAUGUAUCGACGUGUUUAUAUAUUUCAUAUAUAUGUAAUCGAAACUAUAUAUACAUACAUACAUACAUACAUGAAUAUAAAAUUUUCGUAAAUCUAGCAAACAAAUGUUUGAAUAUAUGUACUGUACAUUUAUGUUGCCGUUAUAAAGGCGAUUUUCUCGACUAUAAACAACUAUACAAUAGUGAUUAAAAGUGAUGCAACCCAUGAAACCUUACGAGUAACUCGCAACAUACUAGUACAGAUAUUCGGUCUAGUGGACAUAUAAAGGUAAAAUGAAGAGCUCAAGGAUGUUAAAUUUAUAACUGUAUACUUUAUAAAAAGAAUAGUCACUUAUGCAACUUAUACUUAUUGAUAACGGUAUGUGUAGUUUUUUUUUUUAAUAUUAAACAAAAAUAUUUAUCAAUAAUUUAGUUAUAAGCAAGCAGUAAUAUCUUAGAAUUCACUUUGCUAAAUACAAGUCCCCAAAUAUCGUUUGAUACACAGAUUAUAGCGUCGUCUCAAUGAAAGCAUAUAAAAUAUCUGAAAAUUUAUAUUGAAAACGGCGUUUAUGUACAGAACAUAUCGCGCAGUGGAGUUGAUUUCGUAAUUAGUAUUAACGCGUAACAUUCCUGCAUUGAAAGCUACUAGUUAUGAACUAGAAUACCACCAGUCUUCUAUCUUCAGUCCACAUUUUUUUAUUUUUACUUAAUUGAAUAUUUUUGUGGCUGAAAUAUUUGCAGCUCAUCGUUCCGUAUCGGACGGACAUGUUGAGAGAACUUUAAAGUGAUAUUGUCGUUCACGGAGAACUUUAAAACUUGUAGUUUUUGACAUAGCAAUGUCCUAAGAAAUGUAAAUUAUCAACCUAUGCAUCAGUAACAACUUGUAGAAAUAUUAGCAACGUGCAGACAGGUUGAGAAGCUGCAGAAAAAAACGUCUGUUAAUUCGCUUUUGAACUUACUUCUCGAGAUAUAUGAACAGCGCCUAAAGUUGUACAAUAAUUAAUUUUACUUUCCCCACAUAUGUAUGUUUAAUCAAUUUUUUACCAAUUUUUUUUUUACUAAUAUCAGCUUUUGGAUUUCGUAACUCCGAUUUGUUUCAUAAUUUUUUAUGUUAUAGUAGCAAUCGAAAGAGGCCUGCAAUAUUUUUUCAAUCUUUAUAAGAUAAAAAUACUACGUUGUAGAGAGAGAUACUUUUGAUUUGAUGCAAUGAGAAUUCUUGGCGUUGAGUUAGACACAAUUUGUUAGUUUUUCGUUAAUUUAAAAAUUUGAAAACACAGAUCCCUUUACUUUCCAAUUAUCGGACUAAGCUUAAAAGUUAGGAAAUUAGCGACAGUUUUUUAGAAACAAUUUUCAAGAAAAUUGGAAACCAGUUUUUUUAAUCAAAAUUUUAAAAUUUCGAAAAUUGUUUAAAUUCUUUAUUACAAAAUUGUUUUUGUUUUUGAAAAAUUUUUUAAAUUUUCCAGUUAGUAAUUUUCGCAGUUUUGGUAUCUUGAAAACUGCCAGACAAAAAAAAAAAUAAAACAAAUCGUUUGAAUCAGUGAUUUCGAAAACUGUUCAUGUCCAGAAUCACUUUUUUGUUGUGGUUGAUUUAUACACAAAUAUUCAAACUUAAAUUAGGUUUGUCGUCAUGAGUUUUGUGAAAUUUUCUAGGCCUGUUUUAUAAUGAAGUCGUCGUUUUAAUGACAGGAUCUCUAUUCAAGAAACAAUUUCCCUACCAAAGCUAUUUUUUUAUUUGCACGUUAAUCAUCUUUCAAACUUUUAUAGAUAAUAUCCAACUAAAACACGUAUUGUUUAGCUUAUUUUAUUU